GUUAUUAAAUUCCGCCCAUGCCACUCGCUUGUAAACAGCAAAUUUCCUUGUCGUUGUUAACCGAGCGUAAAAGAUUAUAUAAUCAUAUUAAACCUAAGUUAACUCCGUACCUAAUAUCUCCUGGAUGAACUGAUUUAGUCAAUUGAAUGAAAGAAAUGUCUGAGGGACAAAUUACGAUCAUCAAUUCAAAGGAAGAAUAUGACGAUCUGACUUCGGGCAGAUCAACAAAGGGUCUGAUAGUGGUUGAUUUCUCCGCCGACUGGUGUGGUCCAUGCAGACAAAUAGCACCUACAUACAAGCGCCUUUCAAAAGAAUUUAAAAAGGUCACGUUUGCUUCUGUUGAUGUGGAUGAACACGAGGAUAUAGCGGAAAGGGAAGAAGUGACUGUGAUGCCUGUUUUUAGAUUUUACAAACACGGAAAAAAGAUCGACCAAGUAACUGGGGGAAAUAAAGAACAACUUCGCGAAAAACUGGAAAUGUAUCAAUAAGAAGAUUGAUUUGUGUCAGAAGUUAUUUAUUCAAUUUAGCACCAUAAAUAUUUAUGGUGAUUAUGUACAGUACAUUUUCCUCUCUCGAAUAACUUUGCACCAGUACAACCAUGUAU